UGUGGGACGGAUGUCAGAACUCCAAGCAUUUGAUACUUCAGCCGACCCCCCACCAAUCGCAUCAUCAUGGACACCCCCGCCACGUCCGUCGACUCUGCUGCCAAUGGCUCCAGCACCGAUGCAGCAGCCAAUGGAAACGAGAAGACGCAGCUGGAUAAGCUGAUGGAGACUGUGGACAAGAAUCCGCUAGACUUUAACUCGUGGGUCAGCUUACUCGCAUUAGUGCAGAGUGAGGUACGACGUGCUGUCGCUGCAGCCUGAUGCAGCUAAUAUGAAGCUUAAUAGAGUGUUGGUUGUGGUUUGUGACAGUCUGCAACGCCACGCGAGACGGUAGAGACCACGUACGACCGUUUCUUGGCCGAGUUCCCGCUCUGCUUCGGCUACUGGAACAAGGUGCGACGUUGCGAUAUCCUGAAGAGUGUCAUUCUGUUGUUCAUAACCCUUUAUAUGUGUGUAGUAUGCCCAGUACGAGUAUCGCCUUGGCAGCAGAACGAGAGAAGACGGAUUGGGCACAGUAGCGACGCUGGGAGAAGCCAAGCAGAAGGCGUGUGAAGUCUACGAACAAGGCGUCGUAGCAGUCCGGUACAGCGUGGACAUGUGGAUGAAGUACUGCGAAUUCCUCAUCCACACGCUACACAGCCCCGUGGACGAAACGCGACCAGUAUUGGAGAGAGCUGUGGAGGCGUGUGGAGAUGACCCACUGGCUGGUCCACUGUGGGAGCUCUACAUUCAACUGGAGACGGUUAACAACAACAUGCCUCGCCUGAACCAAGUAUUCAAGCGGAUCAUGUACAAGCCGCUACGUAAUCUCGAGGAGUUUUGGGAGAAAUACAACCAGUUUGUGCUAGCUCAACAGUUGAGCGCCCUAGCGACGCCUGAAGAGCAGAAGGCGCUUGCUAGCGACGGAGAAGAACUCAUGGACGAGGGUUUAAUGCGCGUUAAGAUCGUGAAUGCAGUGGAAGCUGUGAAGAACAAGACGAUGGAGGAUAUCUAUCGUCGCCAGGCUUUCGAAGCCGGUAUCGACCGAAGUUACUAUCACGUGACGCCAGUGACUGAAGCUGCUAUGAAAAACUGGCACAGUUAUCUGGACUUUGAAGAGGCUGCGGGAAAUUACGAGCGCUGCCAGACUCUGUACGAACGCUGUCUGAUUUCAUGUGCGAAUUACGAGGAGAUCUGGCUCCGUUACGUGUCGUGGAACGAGAAGGUGCACGGGUUCAACGCAGCAGACGCCAUAUUCCAGCGAGCGGUAACGAUCUUCCUCAAGUACCGCGCGUCCAUCUACUUGGAGUACGCAGCUUUCUUGGAGGCUCACGACAAGCUGCAAAAGGCCCAAGAUACGUACAUGAAGGUAUUAUCUGACGUGGCCCCGAAGCUUGCAGAGGGCUUCUUGCACUACUGCAACUUCGAGCGGAGACGAGGUGAUGUGGAGACGGCCAAGACGUGGUAUGAACGAGGCAUGGUAGCGGUAGAUAAUGAGGUCGAAGUGUACGCGUACAUUUCCACCUCGUACGCCACGUUCCUUCACAAGAUUGUUGGCGACGUAGCUGCGGCUCGUGCUGUGUUCGAGCGUGCAGUGCAGAAGCACAGCGAUUCAGUGCUGCUUUGGCUGAAUUUCAUCAACUUUGAACUCGGUAUGGGCGGCAAGAACGCAGAUCUGGUGUCUCAGGUUGCGCGGGUCUACGAACUCGCGCUGGAAGAUAGCAGCAAUCUUUCGAUGGACGAAAAGAACGACGUCUGGUUCCAGUAUGUGGAAUUUCUGGAGAAUUACGGAGACAAUAUCGCUAAAGUGCGCGAAGCUCGCAGCAAGGAAAUGGCUUGGAAGCUCAAGAACUCCCAGUCCCGUAACCGCACGAUUAAGGUGCUGAGCUUUCAACCUGGCUGGGAGGGUGAGUCGAGUGGAUACAACUCCAACGUGGACCCAGGAACGAAGCGACCUCGUUACACAGCUCCACAGACUCCGGUUGUUGCGACGCCCGUAGCAGCAGUGGCAGCAGCGACAGCAGCGACACCAGAAGUGGCAACGCCGACAGCUACGACGACGGCUGCAGCCUAUUACGGCUAUCAGGUAACAUUUCCGCUUAUCUUUUAUUCCCCCAAUUUUGCUUGUUUAAUUGUGAAUACGGACUGGGCUACAAGUGAGCUCCAAAUGGAGCUCGAGCUCUGUCCGGAUGACGUGACUGACCCCAUGUCCAAGAAAUCUGCUGCUAGUGCUGCACGUGUUGCGAUGAGAUGAGGACACAGAGAGACGUCGUUUGUCAGGGGCAUUGCGUUUUGUUAUUUUCUGUUGUAGACGAAACUUUUCAUGUUGGGGGAUAUGGUGCCAUCGCUGUGUGCUAAUUUGUUCUGCUUUGAUGAUUUUUUUGUAGGGAUAUGGCGCUCAAGCCCAAGCUUACUCUCAAGCGGACCCUACGGCUGCUGCUGGUCAGGCCUACACACAAGCACAAUACGCUAGCUACUACCAGCAGCAGUAGCGAUGCGUAGUUGCAGACACACGUUAAGAAUAACGAUGUUUUAACAUGGGUAGCACACGAGAACUUAAGAAAAUAAAAGCAAACACAAAAAAACG